CCUAGCUGUAGUCACUCUUCGCCACCUAGCAAACACCAGUGAGGCUCUUGGGGGAAAAAAAUCUCAAGGGUGGGUUGACCUGAGAUCCUUGUUAACUCGGAGAACUUCUUGCAUAUUUCUUCCUCCUCUUUUUAAAAAAUCAUCUUCAAUUAUUUCUUCUUUCUUUAAUUAAAUAGAAACAUAGAAAAAUAAUGUCAGAGCAUAGUAGGAAUUCAGAUCAAGAAGAACUCCUUGAUGAGGAGCUUGAUGAAGAUGAGAUCUUGGCCAACUUGUCUCCAGAAGAGCUGAAGGAACUACAAUCAGAAAUGGAAGUCAUGGCCCCUGACCCUCACCUCCCUGCGGGGAUGAUCCAGAGAGAUCAGACAGACAAGCCACCAACAGGAAACUUUGACCAUAAAUCUCUGGUUGAUUAUAUGUAUUGGCAAAAGGCAUCCAGACGCAUGCUGGAAGACGAACGUGUUCCUGUCACUUUUGUGCAGUCUGAGGAAAAUACUCAAGAACAGCAUGAAGAAAGAAACAAAAGCCAUAAAAACGUGCCCCAGUUUUUAAGAGAAAAGCUCAAUAAUGAAAUAGCUGCAAUUAGGAAAAAAUCAGAGAGCAGCAACGAUGUACAAGAAACAGAUAAUGAUGAUGAUGAUGAUGAUGAUGAUGAUGAUGAUGAUGAUGGCGAGGCGGAGGAAGAUGAAGAUGAGGGGGAAGACUGCGGUGAAGAGAGUGAUGGAAAAGAAAUAAGAGAAGAGGAAACGAAAGCAAAGGAACAACUCAGAAAUUGUGAGAGCAGCUGCCGACAGGAAACUACUGAAACCUUCAAAGAACAGGCAGACCAGCCAGAGGCCCAAGAAAAAAGUGAGAAAAAAAUAUCAAAAUUAGAUCCUAAGAAGUUAGCUCUAGACACCAGCUUUCUGAAAGUGAGUGCGAGGCCUUCCGGGAACCAAACCGAUCUGGAUGGGAGCUUGAAGAGAGUGAGACAGAAUGACCCUGACAUGAAGGAACUCAACCUGAACAACAUUGAAAACAUCCCCAAAGAGAUGUUACUGGACUUCGUCAAUGCCAUGAAGAAGAACAAACAUAUCAAAACUUUCAGUCUGGCAAAUGUGGGCGCCGAUGAGAGCACAGCGUACGCCUUGGCUAACAUGCUGCGUGAGAACAGGAGCAUCACCACGCUCAACAUCGAGUCCAACUUCAUCACAGGGAAAGGCAUCGUGGCCAUCAUGAGGUGUCUCCAGUAUAACGAGACGCUCACUGAACUCCGAUUCCACAAUCAGAGGCACAUGCUUGGCCACCACGCUGAAAUGGAGAUAUCCAGGCUGUUGAAGGCUAACAGUACUCUCCUGAAGAUGGGCUACCAUUUCGAGCUUCCAGGGCCUAGAAUGGUGGUAACUAAUCUGCUCACUAGGAAUCAGGAUAAACAACGGCAGAAAAGACAAGAAGAACAGAAACAACAGCAGCUCAAAGAGCAGAGAAAGUUAAUAGCCAUGCUGGAGAAUGGUUUGGGGCUGCCCCCGGGGAUGUGGGAGAUGCUGGGAGGACCCAUACCCGAUUCCAGAACACAGGAGUUCUGCCGGCCACCUCCUCAGCCUCCCAACACCCAGCCGGUUCCCUUCGGCCGAAGAAAUGAGGUGAUGAAAAAGCCAUCACAGCCUCCCCAGUGCAAGACAGACCCUGACUCCUUCCGGGUGGUGAAGCUGAAGAGGAUCCAGCGCAAAUCUCGCAUGCCAGAAGCCAGAGAAGCACCAGAGAAAACCAACCUCAAAGAUGUGAUUAAAACACUCAAGCCAGUACCCAGGAACAGGCUGCCCCCCUUGGUGGAAAUCACUCCUAGAGAUCAGCUCUUAAAUGACAUUCGUCACAGCAACAUCGCCUAUCUGAAACCUGUGCAGUUGCCAAAAGAACUGGCAUAAGAGCAGAAUCAUCUGGAAGAGGAAGAAGUUGAAAGAGUGACUCUGGGGCUAGGCUUGGAGAGGACUGUGGCAGUGGUCCUUCUGCGUACAGGAGGUGGAACAGGGACUGUGCUGACAUCCGAGACGGGUAUCAGUAAAAAGCACAACGCUUGAACCGCAGCCAGACAGGGUGAAGGAAGGGGGAAGGAGACAAACAAUAGUAAAAAUCACCGGCAAUAUUUUCUACUUGCAACCAGUUUGAGUGACUUAGGUGAAAUUUAGAAUCAUGUGUUCAGGAGCGGAAGCUAAAAAAUGUUUUUAUAAACAUUCGCUUUAUUAUUGCUUUCUUCUGGUAAAUAAUAAAUAAGACAGAAGUGGUAA